CUCGGCUGACAUUCGCUCGCCCACUACGGUUCCUCGCUCUGUAGCGCUUAGCUACUGUAUCCGGUUGGAAUCGGUAGCUUGAGAAGGUCGCAUGAGGGAGCCGCGCCUUCAUGGUCCUGGGCGUCUGUCAUUGGUGCCGUCGACUUCCUGGACGCUGAGAAAACCGAACUUUUGGUUCUCGGGGUUCCAACGAAAGAAUUAAUCUUGAGGGUUAUGCUUUGCAGGGCGACUGUUACUCGCAGCACACGUUCUGAUCCCCACGCAUUGUUUUGUGCAGGGACGUGGGACUAUGAGGAUCUUCAUCCAUUUGAAGGGAUAGCAAUGAUGGAAGUACCCAGCAUCGUACCGAACAAAGAGCGGCACGUAGAAAGCAUGUAUUUUUUGGAAGUCGAUCGUGACGGCGGUACCGCUUUGGUUUUGCAAAAAGUGACGAAAGGUGUGUACUGCAGAGCGGAAAGGUAUUCGGCCAUGCGAAGGAGAAGAGCGACUCACCACCUCAGCGCUAUUUCACCAAUACCAGAUCAACAUUGCUCUAAACAUAUGGGUAUAAAGAGAGAGUGAGUGCGAAAAGGCUGGGGUCGUGGGUUUACAUGCACGUUUCUCGGAGCCAGCCAGAUUUCCAGCCAACUGUCUGGCUUAUCUUCGUAAAUAGCUUCCAGUGUUUCCUUCAAGUUGCUCGGCAGUCAUG